CCCCACCCACCUCCCCACAACAAGAAGACCAAGCGUUUUCAUAUUAUUGCUUUUUACUCUGCAUGACACGUACGAAAUAACAGGACCCGAGUUCAUGUAUAUAUAUACAUCCUUCCCCACCGUCUCCCCCCCAUUCAAACUUCAAAGCACAACCCCAAAAACAGACAAAUUGAAACGCACAAUCACAACCUGCAAGCUUUCUUUUUCCUUCUCCACCAACUUCAUUUUAUCUCAUAUUAUUUCUCUCAUUCUCUCUCCCCAAACAGAUUGAAGUUAAAUAGCUAAGCUAGCUAUGUGUAAUCCAAAGCCAUCUCCCCCUUCUUCAUUGCCCUCUCCCAACAAAACUACCCAUGCAAUAAACUCCAACAAGACCAUGGAUCUUCUUCACGCUGAUGCUGAUCAACAAGACCUACGUAGACGGCCAACUUGGCCAACUCUUUCUGAGGCUCUGGAAGAGAUCAAAACCCUAGGGAAGAUCUCAGGCCCAACGACAGUCACAGGUCUACUCUUAUAUUCAAGAGCCAUGGUCUCCAUGCUCUUCCUUGGUUAUCUCGGGGAGCUUGAGCUCGCCGGUGGCUCCCUCUCGAUCGGUUUCGCAAACAUCACCGGCUACUCUGUCAUCUCCGGCCUGGCCAUGGGAAUGGAACCUAUCUGCGGACAAGCUUACGGAGCGAAACAAUGGAAGCUUCUCGGCCUAACUCUGCAAAGAACAGUGCUGCUCCUCCUCACCACCUCCAUUCCCAUCUCCUUCAUGUGGCUAAACAUGAAGAGAAUCCUUCUUUGGUGCGGUCAAGACGAAGAAAUCUCAUCCAUGGCCCAUGCUUUCAUUGCCUUCUCCAUACCUGACCUCUUCUUCCUCUCCCUGCUCCACCCACUGAGAAUCUACUUGAGGACCCAAAGCAUCACGCUGCCAUUAAUGUACUGCUCAGCCAUCUCUGUGCUCCUCCACAUCCCCCUCAACUUUCUCCUAGUAGUCCAUCUCAAAAUGGGCAUUGCAGGGGUUGCCAUAGCAAUGGUUUGGACUAAUCUCAAUCUCUUCCUCUUUCUCUUCUCCUUCGUGCUCUUCUCCGGCGUGUACCGCGACUCGUGGGUGUCUCCGAGCACGGACUGCCUCCGCGGAUGGUCUACCCUCCUCGGUCUCGCCGUCCCCACGUGCGUCUCUGUUUGCCUAGAGUGGUGGUGGUACGAGUUCAUGAUAAUGCUGUGUGGCCUUCUUGCCAAUCCCAAGUCCACCGUUGCUUCCAUGGGAAUCCUCAUUCAAACAACCUCACUUGUCUACGUCUUCCCCUCGGCACUUAGCCUCGGAGUGUCGACAAGAGUGGGCAACGAGCUCGGCGCAAACCGGCCCGAACAAGCCCGGAUUUCCAUGAUUGUGUCUCUUGCCUGUGCAUUUGGGUUAGGCCUAAUGGCCAUGCUGUUCACAACCUUGAUGAGGCACCAAUGGGGCAGGUUUUUCACCAAAGAUGCAGAAAUUUUGGAGCUCACAUCAAUUGCGUUGCCAAUUGUUGGGGUUUGUGAGCUGGGGAACUGCCCACAGACAACAGGUUGUGGGGUUUUGAGAGGGUGCGCUAGGCCUACCACUGGAGCAAACAUCAAUUUGGGGUCUUUUUACUUGGUGGGUAUGCCAGUGGCAAUCUCUCUUGGGUUUGUGUGCAAAAUGGGAUUCGCGGGGCUGUGGCUGGGUUUGCUUGCAGCACAGGCUUCUUGUGCGUCGCUCAUGCUCUGUGUGCUCAGCAGAACAGAUUGGUCGGCUCAGGCAGAGAGAGCAAGAGAGCUUACACAGAAUUCUUCUUCUUCUUCUUCUUCUUCCUCGGCUGAUACUACUGCAUUGCCGGUGUCAUUGAAGGCAGAGUACUCCACAUCUAAGGAAGCUGAAAAAAUGGCUAGUUUAGGUGGGAUUUUGAGCAUUAAUGAGGGGCUUGUGCAGUCAGCUUCACAUGAAACUGUGCCUCUGAUACCCACCAACAUUGUGCAUUAAUUGGAGUUCUUUCGCCAUUUAAUUUGAUCCCAUCUUGAUCAACAGCUGAUGUGAGAUUAUUCAUUGGAGUACUGGUACAAAUGCAAUCUAAUGCAGCCCCACUUGCUGUGCGGAACAGAGGGUUUUGUUUCUCUGCUUUCUUUUUCAAUGUCAUAUGUAGUAGAUAUGUAACUAUGAAAUAGAAUAGGAAAAUACCUUAUUUCAUGUUUGGAUAGACCUUAAAUUUAAAUUUAUGUUGAAUUUAGUAAGAUAUAAUACAAAAAUUAUGUUAAAAUUUAUUUAAAUUCAUUCAAA